UCCGGGUUGCUUGCAUUUAUUUCCCACCCGCUGUGUUAAAUUUUAGGCGUUCUUUUUCUCCUUUUGUUGUUUUAUUAAACAUUUUCUCGGAGAAAACAUUAGUUUUCUUGAGACUGCUCCUCAUCUUGUGUUAUGAUAUUGGAGCUGCAGUAAGUCAACAAGAAUGGCAGCCAAUCUUGGGCAGGCCUUUCUCGGGGGAGCUGGGAUCACCCCAUCACUGGCCCAGGAGCUCGCGGCCGGGAACUACAACCAUGAGGCCAGGGAGACUUUCCACGACUACAUCUACACCAAACUGAUCCUUGGGGAAGAGAAAGGUCCUGGAGCUAACAACGCCAAUGCCCCUGUCUUCCCAAACACCAACUUGUCAAACAGCUACCCCAAUUCAAUUCCAUCAGCUGCUAAUGUUUACAAUCAUGCUUCCACCAAUCCCAGUAACAACAGCAUUGAAUCUAUCGCAGUCAGUAGCAGUAGCAAAACAUAUGCCAGCCCCACCCCCAUCAUGGCUGUGGACCUCCAGAAAUCAGCUGCUCUGAAGAAGAGACCAAUCAUGCAACAGCCCAAUGUACCUUUACAGAUGAGCCACGGUCAGGGCAGCCUUGAUAGUCCAACCAAGGUCAAGAAAAAGAGCCACCACAAGAAGAAGGAAAAAACAAAUGUAUGUGAUGUGUGUGGGCGGGGGUUUGCAGAGAAGUACACAUUGAAUCGCCACAUGCUGACCCACACGCACGUCAAGCCAUUCUCUUGUUCAAAAUGCAACAUGUCCUUUUCCCGUUCUGACGGACUGGCUAAACACAUGGCCGCCGGUCAUCGUAGGAUCGAUGCCCACCAUUGCGACGUUUGUGGGGGUACAUUCAACAGUGAGGUGUCGUUUGAGCAGCACAGACGUGAGUACGGCAACACGCUGCCUUUUGUCUGCAACCUGUGCAUGCUGGCCUUCUCUCAGUGCUGCCACCUCAACUACCACAUGAAGUCACACUCCCUCUCCAAGAUGAACGACAGCUUUGUGGCAAGCAUACAGGAGGACAAGAACAACGUCAUUGACGUCUCAGAGCUGAUCCCUGAGGACUUCACACCCCCAAAGAAAAACCCAAACAAAGACAUGAUAAGUGGAUUUAUGUACCAUGCAAUGGGUAAGGCAGGGGAGGGUAAGAGGAAUGGCGACCACCCUUUGGGUUUGAUGGAUCCAAAUAUUGUUAUCAAACCAGAGAUAGAGGAGAUGCCGACGUGUGGAACACUCAAUAAUCAGAUGCCAGGGGGCAGUGGGCAUAGCUCUGGCUUGCCCAACCCUUCCCUACCAUACGAUGCACUUAACAAUCACAGUCACAUGAAUCCACAAGGCCCGGCCCCUUCCUACCUGCCUGACACAUCAACUGGAACCACUGGGGUGCAUCCCAUCUCCGAUAUUGAAAUGAAGAAGUAUUUUGACAUUAAAAUUCCAAACCCAAAAUUUAUGGAGGGUGGUGAUGCUCGGGGGGUCGGGGAGGACGGGCUCUUUAGGUGUGAGCUUUGUGGGAAAGGCUUUACAAGGAAAUAUCAUAUGCAGCGCCAUGUUAAACUUCACACACGUGGGCCAAUCCCCAAGGCUCAUUUACUUGAUUGGACCCGCAGGCCCUACGCGUGUGGGGUCUGUAAGAUGGGCUUCACCAGACAGCACCACCUGACACGUCACAUGUUAAUUCACACAGGAGAACGGCCUCAUUCCUGUCAUGUCUGCGGGAAAGCUUUCCGCCGCUACACAAAUCUCUCUUUGCAUGUCCGCACCGUACACGGCGCAGAACGCCCCUUUAAAUGCCAGAUAUGUGGCAGGGGCUUUCCACGUUUGUACAGUCUCCAGCGCCACCUCAAGCUCCAUGCUAAAAAUGCUGGCAUUUCCACAGAGGCCGGUGAGCAGCAGAUGUAUAAAGGUUUUGCUCCUAUAGGUGUUGUAGAUCACACAGAGCAGCACAAGCAAGGCUCAGCUUUUGCGUCUGUCGGCACAGAGACUGUGAGGACAUCCCCUUCUCAUGGCCGAGAUUCAUUAUCCUCUGAGCACUCGGACGAGAGUGAGAGGUACGAUCACGACUCUGAUGCACACGAUGGCUCCAUUAGCCAGGUAGAGAACAGCAGCCCACUCCAAGAGCACAGAAACUACAGCCAGAACCAGGCGGGCAGUGAGGCGUUUAGCCAGCAGACACAGAACAAUGGCCAGCCCAGCUCUAUGACCCAGAUUGUUUCACACCAUGGACAGAACGCAUCACGCAUGGGACAACCUAACCUCAUGCCCAACUCCCAUGAGCAUGAACUUAUAAACCAGGCCAAUCGAAGCUUGAGGCAUGAUUCUGACAGCAUGCGUAGACCAACGCCGGUACAGAAUCAACCCCCCAAUGACUAUAAUCCAACUACAAACUUGCAAAGUGGCAACAGUGACAGGUACAACCCUCCCAUCUCUCUAGCCAAUCAAAUCAUUAGGAACAUGGACAUGCCUGCAGCUCUAGCCAACUUCACAGAGCUGGAACUAAGACGUGAGGUUGGAAAUUUUAUCAGCCAAAGAGGAAACGCUGGAGAAGGUUUUGUGCUGCACCAGCAGAGGAUCCAAAGUCCACACCCGUUGCUGACCAGCUUAGAGCGCCCUGGCAGUCGAAGCAUGAUGAGCCAGCCAGGCGCCCCCGACAACUUCCACCACAACCAAAGCAGCUUCAGCCAGCAGCAGGCCACCUUGCUGCAGCAGCGAGUCAGCAUGGACCUGUCUGCCGCCCGCAACACCAUGAGCCCAGCGGUCAUUCGGACGGACAGCGGCGGCUACACCCACAACCACCACAUAGACAUGGGAGCUAACCGCGCUGGGAUGAACGAGCCCCCGGCUUAUUCUCACGCGCACGUCGGCGGCCUGCAGUUCACCACACUGUACCAGCCCCAGCUCCAGGACAACCUGACCCACCUGGAGCUCCACCCCAACCCCGCAGCUAGCCCCAUGCCGGUUAACUCCCACAACAGCAGCAACAACAGCAACAACAUACAAUAUUGAUGACCCUUGACCUGAACAAAUCUUCACUGGAUGUUGUGUUGAACAAGCCCAGUUCUAAGUGGUUGUUUGUAUAGUAUUAUCAAGCCUUGUUUUAGGGUAAAGACCUCAGCUUUAGCCUUGUCAUAAAGGUAAUGAAAAUGAUCACUAUUUUGUAGAGGAGCCAGCAGCUAUCAGGAAACACUGACUGCCCAGUGUGUAUUUUACUGUUGGACCUACACCAUGUACAGAUAGAACUCCUUAUGUUGGUAUCUGAUCCAUCAAAAGUUUUCUUGCUUCAACUAGGGAACUUAGUUUGUUGUGCAUCAUCUCAUGUUAGGGAACUUAGUUUGUUGUGCAUCAUCUCAUGUUAGCUAUGGAAAGUUUUUUGCAAUGUUUGUAAAAAAAAUUAUUUUGCUUAUG